AUCUUAUUUGGUGGUGUCUUGUUUACACGUCAAACGCGAUACUGCCAUCCGCCACCGACCGCAUUAGCUCAAUUCGGCAGGUCCUGACGUGUAGUCUUCGGCAGAAUCAAGCGGUCAAGCGUUUAUCGUGGCUUUCCUGUCGCAACAUGACGCCUCCUACAGAUUCAGUAUUUCUGUGAAAUGUGAAUGAAGAGGCAACCUCUAGGAUAUUCAAUAUGCCCGACGACUUCAGCGAUGACCAGAUUGCCGCGAUACUGAGCAAAGAGGCUAAAGAAACUUCGAUAAAAUAUUCAGCACAGGGCAUGUCCGCAUUUCUACCUUCCAAGCCUCCCGCCAAUAAACCAAAACCAAACACUCGUUUCCUCCGCAAUCUUGUCCGAGACACAGACUCGCAUAAUGCAGCGCUACUCGCCAAGGAAGCCGCAGAGUCGCGUAAUCGUCUCGAGCAAUUAGUCACGAAAGACACACGAAGAGCAAACGAUAUUAGGCGUCGCCAGCUUGGAAGCAUUACUGCGGUUUUAAACGGGAAUGCGCCAAAACGACAGAGGACUGAUGGCGCGGCUAGGCCAAUGCGCGACGAGGGAACCUCCUCUGGUGGUUUGGAGGAGAGGAAGGAUCGGUCGACUGACACCGAAGACUAUCGUCGGGAUAAGGGAAGGGGAGUGCGCAAAGAUGACGAAGAUAUGAAAGAUGUAUCAUCGUCAAAGGACAGGCAUCGGUCGCAUCGAAGCGAGUCAAAACGUCUAAGCCAUCAUGAGAAGCAUAGGUCUCGGCAUCGUUCAAGAUCCCGCUCCCCUGACGAAGACAGGAGAAGUAGGGAUCCGAAACGACGGGAACGUUCGCCUGGGCGGCGUUCACUGCUCUCUUCCUCCAGCCGACGUGAUGAGAAAUCAUACGACAGAGAACGGCGGCGAAGACCUUCACCUCAGGCGGAUUCGGAUUCGGAUCCUCUGGAAGCUAUAGUCGGUCCCCUGCCGCCACCAAAGGUGAAAAGCCGUGGCCGCGGCACCGUAUCGUCAACCUCUGGAAUUGACGCUCGGUUCUCGGAAAACUAUGAUCCAGCGCUUGACCUAGUACCAGAGAACCAUGAAACCGACGGCAAUGGUGAUGACUGGGAGCUAGUGCUAGACCGUGUGAAAUGGAAGCAACAGGGUGCGGAUAGGCUCAAAGCAGCUGGGUUUACGGAAGAAGAAAUACAGGGAUGGAAGAGUGGGAAGAAGGCAGAAGUGAAGUGGACAGCAAGUGGAAAGGAGAGGGAGUGGGAUAGGGGGAAGCCUGUCGGUGGCGUCGACGGUAGCGCUGAAUGAGGAAGGCUUGAUGCGGGAAGUGAUUCGAGGAUGUGAGGCUUGAGAACAAUAGCACAAUCGGGAUAGGAAAAUAUAGUUUUGGUGGGACAUGGUCAUCAUGGGGGCCAACGGUAUCAUAAACGCUAGCGGAGCUGUGUCGAACGGUGAAGAUGGGCGCCACGCGAACCAGAGCCCCGGAAUAGAUUCUGGUUGGUAAAUGCGUUGGUGGUUACUAUGGUUUUUUGAGAAGUUAUUGUUACGCUGCUUUGGUAGGUAGAUUUUUGUUGCAUUUCUCGGAAUAUUCUCCACGACCCACGUUGUCUCGCUGGCCGGGCCGCGGACCAUGCCUUUCAAGUCCCCACAAACGCACGUCACAGUCGGGUUCGCAUUAGGACCCUGUACCACGCGCAGCACUGGAUCGCUCGUAGAAUAAUACGGUAAUACAUAUCUCAUAUAGUAUGGUACGGUAGAGUAUCACAGGACGUAUAGCUGUACUUGUCACGGGAAAAGAAAGACAGAAGAGAAACGGAGAGGUUGUCGACGCGUCGAGAUAAAAUAAGAUGACAAGGAGCAAUUCAGGAGACCCUUUAGACCAUUUUGGUGGGGGGUCUGUCAAGGAUCGGCGGGACAGCCGUCAAAGCAAUGCAUGCAUAGCGAAGGUACCCUUGUUAGGGACUAGAGCCACUAUAGCCACCACUAUAGCCACCACUACAGCCACCACGUCGCAGGUUGGUGGGUCUUGAAGAGGUUAGAAGGGUUCGAAGGGCCAAAGGGUGCUAGUCCCCUGUCUUUAGAAGCAAAAUUGUAGCCCCUGAACGAAUUGGACCGACUGAACACAAACCAUAUCUCCUCUUUUGGGCACAGCGGCUAUAGAGUAGUACAAAGUUAGUAUGGUAAGGGCGAGAAAGGAGGACCGCCAGAAGUAGAGUACAAAACAAAAUAAAUUGCCA